AUUGCAUUUUUCUAAGGAAACAUCCACUAGUGAAAGGCUUCCUCUCUUGCCAUUGGCCUUCAUGCAAUUUUCUAUGCGUUAUACCCAUGUGUAUGGACGGAAAGUCCGCUAAUCUAAUGAUAUCAGAGCCAAUGGAGCCAGCGUACGUACUUUAUUAAAUGUAUAUUUAUACGACGCCUCUGAUGUGGUUUCUUCCUCCACAUAGCUCUCUGUAAAAGUCUUGAGAUAUUCAAACUUAUUUCUAUCAUACUAUGGAUUAUUCAGUACUUUUCUUUAGCAUUGUUGCUGCUUUUAUAGGCGGGGGCUUCCUCAUGCUUUUAGGAAAACUCAGAUUCCAUAAAGAUAACAGAGAACAAAAUUCUUCUUCUUUGUCUUCAUCAUCUUCAUUAACCCUUUCAUCAGUUCCUCUAUCUUCUUUGUCUCGCCCCGCACAGACUUACCAUGUCUUUCCCAGCUUCAGAGGCGAAGAUGUUCGUAGAGACUUUUUCAGUCACAUUCAGAUGGAGUUCCAAAGAAAUGGAAUCACUCUGUUCAUCGACAAUAAAAUUAAAAGAGGAGAACCCAUCGGGCCUGAGCUUCUUCGGGCUAUUAGAGCGUCCAAGAUGGCAAUUAUCUUGCUUUCUAGGAGCUAUGCUUCUUCGGAAUGGUGUCUUGACGAACUAGUGGAGAUCAUGAAAUGCAGAGAAGAAGAGGGUAAAACUGUGAUCCCCAUUUUCUACGGAGUGGACCCAUCUGAUGUUGAAAACCUUGCCGGAGACUUUGGGAAAGUCUUUAGAGAAACUUGUGCCGGUAGAACAGAAGAGAAAAUUAAGAGAUGGAAACACGCUUUGGUCGAAGUGGCCACAAACGCUGGUUAUCAUUCAACCAACUGGGAUAAUGAAGCGUCCAUGAUCGGGCAAAUGGCGAAAGAUAUUUCAGAAGAGUUGAAGAAUUCCACAUUAUCACGUUAUUUUGAUGGGUUAGUUGGGAUGAGAGCUUAUUUGGUAAAACUGGAACCACUGUUAGGCCUCUGCUCAGUUGCUGGAAGUGCAUACAACAAACUCCCCGACAGUUCUCAGCUGAGUGACUUUAUGGAGAAUGUCAAAGCAAAAUAUACAAGACCUUGGAGUCGAACUAUCUUUACGGCACACGAUCAGAAAGUUGUUUGGGCAGGUGGGAUUAACUCUAUUUCCAGGGCGCGGGAUUUUUCGCCAAAUGAUGUUGAGGCUCUUCAAAUCUUUUGCGUGCAUGUUUUUCGUCAAAAGUUACCGCCUGACAGUAGCUCUCCUCCCUGGCUUGAUGGACCUGGAAUUUCGCGUUGGUUAAGCAGGAUUGACUUUGUGAAACCCAUUUUGGCCUCCGACUCGCGGGUACUGCGCAUGGAACUGUUGACAGAGGUAGUUGAAAAGUUGAGGAGUUCGUCUGAGGAUAUUAUUAGCAGAAUGUUGAGGUGGUCCAUUUCUGAUGAAGAUAAAGGUUUAGUUGUUCAUAAAGCAUGCGUACACGAUAGAGAAAUUAAGAUACUGGAGGAGCAUCUUGCAGAUAAGUCCUUGAGCUUGGACCACGGGUUUCGGCUUCGCUUAGUUGCGACAUUUCUAGUCCUUUACAUCGAGGCUGAACAUUUUUAUACGCGUCGCGCGACUGAUUUGCUACUACAUUUUAGAAUGACAAUUAUUGCUUCAAGUCAAAAAGAAAAAGACAGAGAAAAAAAUGUUGGUAAGCGCCGGAGAUUGCUCUCAAAAAUGUAGACCGAGUGGGUUCUGUAAACAAAUCGUUUCUCGUAUGAUAUGAAUACGGAAAUUGUAAUGUUGGAAUCAAGGAUUGUUCAUGGAUUUAUUUUGGUGUUUUAGGUCGAGGUCAUGAGAUGAUCUUCAAAAGCAGCAUUGGUAUGUUCUCUGACAAAUUGAUGAAUGUUUUGAAUAGAAAUGUAAAUCAUUUGCUCAAAAGUUUCUUACUCGAAAUGACAAAAUCGUGACUUCCUUUUUAUCUUA